UCCCUCCUCCCUCACUCUCUGUCUCUCUCGGCUUAACGGAUACACCUAUCUAUCUUCCACAAGCAUCAGCAGUCUCUCCAUCUCUCUCCGCGAUACUGAGCGCUACUACAGCGCAAAACAUGGCAUCUCUGCGCCCCGAAGAACCGCUCUCCGCCGCUGCGCACCUCUGCGUCUUUCUGCUGAUCGCCUCGGCCUGGAUGGCACUGCCGGGACCCGUGUGCUGUGACAGCGGGGCUUUAACCCGUCGCGGCGGGGAGGACCGUACGUUUGACAUGGGCGGCCGAGACGGAGGCUCCCCGCCGGGCUUACCAAAGGACGGUGACGAGGAAGCCGGCGGCGCGGAGAGCUCACCCCGCUUCAGGAGAGCGCUGUCCCGGGAAAAACAAAUGUCCCUGCUCAGCAGCUCGUUCGUGCUCAAAGGGGAUGCGACCCACAACCAGGCGAUGGUCCACUGGACAGGAGAGAACAGCAGCGUCAUCCUGAUCCUGACCAAGUACUACCACGCUGACUCCACCAAGGUACUGGAGAGCUCACUGUGGAGAUCUUCUGACUAUGGCACCACCUACACCAAACUCAACCUGAUGCCAGGGACGACCAUCGUGGUGACCAGCUUUUAUAUCUGCCCAACCAACAAAAAAAAGGUAGGAUGA